UUAGGGGAGGGAUUGAAAGGAUUUUUGCUGGAUACAACAAACUAGUCAGGGUGUUUGAUUUACAUCGCCCUGGUAGAGAUUACAACCAAUAUUCGACAGUUCAAGGAAAUAAAGAAGGCCAAACUGGUAUAAUGUCUGCAAUGGCUUUUUCUCCGACCCAUAAUGGAAUGCUAGCUAUAGGCUCUUACAGCAAGACUACUGCAAUAUACAGAGAAGACAAUAUGGAACUUUUAUUUGUAUUACAUGGACAUGAAGGUGGGAUUACACAUGUCCAGUUCUCAAAGGAUGGAAAUUACUUAUAUACGGGAGGUCGGAAGGAUCCUUAUAUACUAUGCUGGGAUAUACGCAAAUCUGUUGAUGUUGUCUACAAGUUAUAUAGAUCUGCAGAAAAUACCAACCAGCGGAUUCUGUUUGAUAUUGAGCCACUUGGCCGCCAUCUUUGUACGGGUGGUCAGGAUGGCUUUGUUCAUGUAUAUGAUCUUCAAACUGGACAAUGGGUGUCGGGGUUCCAAGCUGCAUUGGAUACUGUUAAUGGAUUCUCCUUUCAUCCCUUUCUGCCAAUUGCUACAUCUUCUUCUGGCCACCGAAGAUUUCUUCCUCCUGAUGAUGGCAUUGAUGAAUUGCAUUUAAGUGGUCAUGAAAACUGUGCUUCAGUGUGGAGUUUCUCUGUUGCUUCAAUGAUGGAGAACGAUGUAGAAAUUAAUGGUGAUGAUCAUACCAACCAGAACCAUCUCCAGAAUCUGUAGCCAAUCUAGUACUGUAUCCGAUCUAACAAGCCAUCGGAUCUUCUGCCAAAGAGAAUAUCACUUGCAUCGUGUACGCUAAGUCACUAACUGCAUUCGGUGUUUGUUUCCGUCAGACAGAGAAUGUCUUUGCAUCCCAGUCAAACAGGCUAGGGAAAGUCUUCAGGCUUUGCAUCCCAUCUGUUAUGUGGCCAAAAUUGGAGGUCAAUUUUGAGGUGUGUUUUUGUAUCUCCGACUGCCAGUGAAAUUGUUUGUCUGGUUGACUCGAAGUCAAUUAACUUUAUUUGUAUCAUAUAUGACAAUAUGUUUACGAUCUCUAA